GUGCAAGCGGAUCAUCAGGGAAAUCCUGACCGCGGUAGGACACCUGCACAAGAACAACAUCAUCCACCGCGACAUCAAGCCAGAAAACAUCAUGUUCGAUCUGGACUUGAUGAUCGAGUCAUCUCCCAAGACGGUGAAGCUCAUCGACUUCGACACGUGUCAAGAGUGGACGCCGCAGACACCAAAGAGCCGACGGUUUGUCGGCACGCCGGGGUACAUUGCUCCGGAAGCGUUGAUGGGACAGCAGUCUCCGCAAUCAGAUCUUUGGUCCGUGGGGGUGAUCCUCUACAUCUUGAUGACCGGUGAAAUGCCCUGGAGUUCUCUGGUCAGUCUGGAGGACGGCUUGGUAGGCAGCCCAAGCGCCACACAGAUGUACCGGGCUCUUAAGGCAGAAAUCCUUGAGUGGGAGCAGGAGCCAUGGCCAGACUUUCCAUUGGCGCGAGAUCUUUGCCAGAAGUUGUUGGCUUUCGAGCUGGAUGAUCGCAUGAAAGACUGUGAGGAGGCACUCAACCAUGACUGGUUGAAGGAGUGA